UUGGAGUCGAACAGUGUGCUGAGAAGUGUGAGUGAGAGAGUGGUUCCGUUCGUUGCUUGCUGACGAAAAAGAGUGAACUUCACCGGAGAAGAAAACAAACGUUGAUGGAGGAAGGUUCAGAGAAGAAGAGAGAGUUGGAAGGUGCAGUGGUUGGCAAGGUCGCAGAAGUGAUAUCAGCUAUAAAGAAUGCGAAGCACGUUGAUCAAGUCAUUUGUGCGCUUCACUCCAUCGCCACCCUUCUUUUCCCUCUUCACCCUUCUCUUCUCUCAGGUAGCAUUGAUGAGAGUUACAGAGACCAGCUUUCAAGUGUCGAAGUUCCUUCAGCCGAAGAACGAGAUGAUUGGUGGCGUGCGUUUUAUGCAGGGGCUGCUUUUCCUACACUGGCUAGGUUCUUGUUACUUGAUGUUGCCCCCAAUUGGUUGGCCUGUUUUCCCGUUUCAGCACAGAAACAUGUUUAUGAUGUUUUUUUUGUUCGUGGACUUGUCAGUGAGGUGCUACAGAUUUUGGUUCCUUUUCUCCAGCAGAAAGGGAAUGAUGGUGUUGAUGUUAAUGCUACCCUCUCAAAUAUAGAAAGAUUGCUUGUACUGAGCCUGCUUGAAAAUAAUGGGGUGCUCCAUUUAGCAAGAGAGUUUGGUUGUCCUUCCAAAUUGAAAGGUUUUACGAAUGAACACAUCCAGCUGGCGGUAGCUAGGCUGGCACAGAUUGUUGCAUCUAUUCCUGACAAAGCAAGGAUGAACUCCUCAGCUUCAUUGUCAUCACAUGUGUUCUUCAAGCAGAUUAUUGUCCAACUACUCUCCCUGGCAGAAGAAAGAGAGAUGAGUUUACUAGAAAAUGUAGACCCCUCAGGUGAAAUGGACAAAAAUGGUGCACUGUUAUUUGUAGGGGAAAUGUUCUCUCGCAUUUGUCGCCGUGGCUCUGCUGAUCUGCUGUCAAGUGAGUUAAUUCCCCAAGUUCUGGGGCUCGUGAAAAGCUGCUUAGCAUCAAAUAAUGGCUCAGUUACGGAAGAAUUGCUUGAAUCACGACCAGAUGCAGUGUUUUGGUUAAGGUUGAUGGGAUCAAUUAAGGAUCCUUAUACUACAGAAAGAAUCUCUGAGCAGAUUUUGCAUAAACUAGAAACUCAACAUGUGGAUGAUGUUCAAGCAUAUUGGGUCUUGUGGCUCUUAUUUCAUCGAAUUAUCAAGCUUCAGGCUUCUGUCAGGUCCAUGUUUGUUGACAAAUUCCUGCUCUGGAAAGUAUUCCCUUUUAGCUGCCUGAAAUGGAUCCUUCAAUUUUCUGUUCAUGAAUGCCCACCUGAUACCUCCUUGCCAGGACAAAAUCGCGCUGGUCUUUUGAAGAUAGUCCAACGUCUGCUAACAGCUUGGUCUAAAAAGGAAUUUGUGCAAACAGCACCUAUUGAGCAACAAGCUUAUAUAACUGCUGCACUUGGCAUUUCUCUGGAGACAAUGUCUAAGGAUGAGUUGGAUGGGAUGAAGGAUGCCAUGCAUUUGAUUCUUCAAGGAGUCAGCUGUAGGCUGGAAAGUCCUAAUCAUUUAGUUCGAAAAAUGGCUAGCAGUGUUGCUUUAGCAUUGUCUAAAAUUAUCGAUCCAAAAAAUCCUCUCUACCUUGAUGAUAGCUGCAAUGAGGGGGAAAUUGAUUGGGAAUUUAAAUCCACUGUACCCAAGAAAGGGGCUCUGGCUGUCUCAAGUUGCGGAGAAAAAGGUGUUGUAUCUGCGGUAUCAGGUCCAGAAAGGGACUUGGAUUCCCCCUCUAAUAAAGAGAAAAGCGUUAGUGUAAAGGGUCCAAAGAAGUUAUUGGACUUUAAUGUGCUUGAUCCAGAUGAGAUUAUUGAUCCAGCAUCACUUAAUCUUGACUCAGAUGUUAAUGAUGAGGAUGAUGGUGAUAGUGCAAGUGAGAACUCAUAUUCCUCAAGUGAUUCAUCUUUACAGCCGUAUGAUUUGUUGGAUGAUGAUUCAGAUUUGAAAAGAAAUUUUUCACAGUUGUCUGAUGUAGUUGCAGCUCUUAGAAAACCUGACGAUGCUGAUGGGGUGGAAAGAGCUCUUGAUGUAGCUGAAAAGCUCGUAAGAGCUACUCCGGACGAACUCAAACAUGCAGCAAGGGAUCUAACCAGAACUCUUGUUCAGGUUCGUUGCUCUGAUAUUGCUGUAGAAGGUGCAGAAGAUUCAGCAGAAGACAAAAGGCAAAGGGCAUUAGUUGCCUUGGCAGUCACAUGCCCAUUUGAAUCACUUGACAUACUAAAUAACCUUUUGUAUUCACCUAACGUAGAUAUUAGUCAACGCAUUAUGAUACUAGAUGUCAUGACAGAAGCAGCUCAGGAGCUUGCUGAAUCAAAAAUUAUGAAACCCAAGCGCGAGACUAGUUCCCUUGUUUCAGUUGCUUCAGAUAACCGACCCUGGUUCUUGCCUAGCAGCACAGGGACUCCUGGAGCUGGUUCCUGGAAAGAGAUCUCAGGUACUGGUUCUUUGUUGAAUUGGUCAAAUGUCUAUGAGAGGGAACUUCCCGCAAAAAAUAAUCAGGUCAAGAAAGGGAAAACACGCCGUUGGAGCCUAAGAUCCCCUGCACAACAUAACCCGAUGGAGUUUUCUCAUAACAAGUUUCCCAUGUAUGCUGCUGCAUUCAUGCUUCCUGCCAUGGAGGGAUAUGAUAAGAAAAGGCAUGGUGUUGACUUGCUUGGCAGGGACUUCAUUGUAUUGGGGAAACUCAUUCAUAUGCUUGGAGUGUGUAUGAAAUCUGCUUCCAUGCAUCCAGAAGCAUCUGUGAUGGCUCCCUCCCUUCUAGAUAUGUUGAGAUCCAGAGAGAUAUGCAAUCACCCAGAAGCAUAUGUGAGAAGAGCUGUCCUUUUUGCAGCUGCAUGCACUUUGGUUGCCCUCCAUCCCUCAUACAUUUCAUCUGCCUUACUUGAAGGAAAUGUUGAAAUUUCUGCUGGCCUCGAAUGGAUUCGCACAUGGGCCCUUGACGUAGCCGAGUCAGACACAGAUAAAGAAUGCUACACUAUGGCUAUGACAUGUUUACAACUCCAUGCUGAGAUGGCUCUUCAAACUGCCCGAGCAUUGGAGUCAGCAAGAAGUUCAUUCAAAGCAGGCACUACUAUCCCUUCCGAUGGAUCCAAAAUUACCAUUAAAAUUCCCUACUUAAACGGGGAUUAGUGAUCCUACUGGCUAUUUAUUUGGCCAAGAAUAUGAUUCAAACUUGUACUCUCUCUGCGCUACUCGUUCUCCUUGCUCAUUUAACAUUUGAUUCAGUCCUUGUGUUCAUAUGAAAUGUGUAUGUAUUUUAGGAAUCUAGAUUUAGAAAUUGGUACACACCAAUUUUUUAUUUUUUUUAUAUAAUUGUAUGGCACCAAUGUUUAUAUACCGAUCUCAAAUGCAUUUGAAAUUUAUUAGUAUUCA